AUGUUGAGGAUAGCUGUACUGGUGUCGGUCUUGGUCCUGUGCGUCGGGGGACCAGUGGGGGACAAGCUAACCGACCCGGCCGAGGAGCUUCGUUCCUUGGAAAGCAUUAUUCGAAAUUACAUGGCUGAGAGAAAAGACGACUCGAGUGAGGAAACCGAAGACUCCAAAGAGGUGGAAGGAUCCGGGGAAGUAGAAGAAAAAAAGGAAGAAGAAGAAGAUGAAGAGGGUUGGGCAAAGGAAGACGAUGCCGAAGGGUCAGGCGACAAAGACAAGAAAGAGAAAGGAAAUAAGAAGCCAUUUUUGAAGGCUCGGAAAGAUGGCAUGAAGAAAGGAAAGGGAAAAAAUGAUGGAGGACCGAAAAAGGAACAAACGAUUGAAGAAAGAAAGAAGGAGGAAGAUGGCGGAUCUGGCGAUGACGAAGACAAAGAAAAGAAGUCAACAUCUUUCAAGGCAUGGAGAGUUGGUAUGAAGACAAGAAAGGGAAACAAGAGGGGAGGACCAGGAAAGGAGAAAAAGAAUAAAGAAGGAGUAGAAUUCGAAAAGGAAGCAGAGGGGUCUGGCAGUGAAGAGGGGGAAGAAAAAGAAAAGAAGGCAACACCUUUCUCCGCAUUUAAAGGCGAGGGGAAGGUAGAAAGGGGGAAAAAGAAGAAUCAACCGGGAAAAGGAAACAGGAAAGGAAAGAGCAAGGACGAAGAUGGGUCUGGCGAUGAACAGGAAUUCGAAGAGGAUGACAAACAAGAAAGUUUCCUGAUUGGUAAGCAGAAGCUGAAGGAAAUGACCCGAAUGAUUGAAGAAGCCUACGAACUUCUCAGCCAAUGAGGACAAGAAUCCAAUGUUUCAAGACGAUUUGGACCACUCCACGAAAGGAAUAUAUUCACCUAGUUAUUAUUCUUCUUAAUAAUAGAAUUAGAAAUCUAACUUUAAGUGGUGCAAUGUAAGCGGUGCAAUGAUUUUUUUUCUUUUUUUUUAGAUAUUUCGACUAAAAUGAUUUGACAAAUAAAGCUUAGAAAUCAGUCAAAAUCCAUCAUAGCAUAUAGUAUUAUACACUUACUAGUAAACGAGUAUUCUUAUCUUAAUCUACCUUUGUAGAGAGCCUUUGUGAUCACACUCUGUCAUAUGAUGUUGUUACAUCAUUGCCAUACCAAGUACCCAACUGUCUAUUUCUUCAGUAAGCAUUCCAUUUGUUGCUACCUGGUUUACACAGUAAGAAAUAAAGCUAUUCUCCCAUUUAAACGGAAUAAAUUUUGAGCAAUAAACUUAAGGCCGACA